AUGAGUUUUCAUGGAAUCGAGUAUUCCCCCGAAAUGGUGGCCAAUGCAACCACCGUAGCUGAUGAUGGAAUGCCCUCUAUAUUCAAUUUUCCAGGAGGCAAUCCCAUGUUAUUUUAUAUUGCACCAGAUGAACCUCUUCGUAAUGAAUAUGUUCAUAAAAUCACGAAUUAUGGUGGUGUUAUAGCUGAUACAGAGCCACGUCCUUCGAAUCAGAUCAUUUUGCUUUCAUCUUAUCAUUUGGGACAUCGUCUGGCCUACAAAUUUCUGUUUGUUGAUGACUCGAUCGAGCAGGGAGCCGUGCAAAAUUUGGAUAAUUACCGGUUUGGUUACGAAGGAGAAGCUGACGACGCGACCAACCACGCAUACGAGGCAAUCAAAGCGGUGGGUUCAAGCCCUGGAAGAACGGUGAGAAACGGAAGAAUUACUCAUCGGUUCAAUAAAGUGAAGGAUGACUAUAUUUUGAAGCAGGUGCGAAUGCACCCCAAGUACCGGAACUCGCACAAGUUCUUUGACGAUCUUGCCAACCACCCUCAACUCGAGGGGCACACCGGUAACUCCAUUCGUAGUCGGUUCAGAACUCACUUGGAACCUAAACUCGAUUGGGUUUACAAGACCGCCUCGGACGGAAGCUUGAUCAAAGAUGAACAUGGACAAUUGAUAAGAGACACCCUUGACAAUCUCCCAAAGACACUCAAAAAUCGUUUCACCGCCGAGGAAGAUUAUGAAUUGUGCCAAGCCAUCGUCGACUUCAACCGAGCUCGGUUUUUCGGGGCCGCAGAUGAGCAUGGAAUUGUCAGAGAUGAAACUGGUAAGCCAAAGGAAUUCGACUUGUAUGGCCAACUUACAGUUCCUAUCUCCUUCUUCUCAACGUUGGCAAAGACGAAUCCAAUGCACACACCUAAUUCUUGGAGAGAUCGUUACAGAAAAUUUGUGUCUCGUUACGGUGCUAAAAAGUACAUUGAUUACUACGAUAAGGUCACGGCAUCAGGAGGCGUUCCCGAGCCAAUUAAGGGUGACUCUCCUUCUACCGCCAAGGCCAUCAAGCAAUUGAUUGGACUGAACUACCGUAAAGACACUCAAUCUGCUCUCGAUGAGGAGAUCAGCCAAUUAAAGAGCUCCAACAUCGAUCUGGCCAUCAUCGCCCAGUCUCAGAUUGCACCUGAGCCCCUCGUCAAAUUCAUUGACCGUGGAGCAACUCUCGAGUCCUUGAUUAGCAAUGCUUUCUUCCAAGUGCCUCAAGAAGAAGUCGAGCCUCGGAUAACCGAGAUUCUUGAAAGUUGUUCGCAAGAUGAUAUAAGCGUAUUGAUUGAAAAGCUAAAGGCUACUGGCUUUGAGCCCAACUUCACGGCGCACAUUGUUAUGGCCACAAAUGGAGAUGUUGCUAAAAUGCAAGAAUAUGUCCACGAGUUCUUACAAAGAAUGAAUACCCAAGCAAUCGCUGACCCUUACGAGCUUGCCCAAAUCAGCAGGAACGGGAUCUGGACUCCUGAGACUGACGCUAUGUUGUGCUCAGGAAAUCCUGCUGAUAUAAAGAGACUUCAGCAGACCCAUGACCACGAUGAAAUUAAACGUCGUGGUAACUUCCUCAAGCUGAUCGGAGUAAGUGUACCAUAA